UUUCCAAUCUGAUUUACAAACCUAAAAACUUGAUACCAAAAAACAAAAACAAAAACAAAAUGAUGCUACUAUUCAAACCGUCUACGGCCCAUGCAAAAAGGUCAAAACCACGUCCAUACCAAAGCUUCUCCGAAUCUCUAUUGUUGGAUAGUAUUGAAGCAACAGAAUCUUUCACCAAGAAAUGGAUAUCUCAAGAUCACCUCUCCGCUUGCUCCUCAUGCACACUCUCCUCCAUUUUCUCCACCGAAAACCGCGCCGAAGGAAGAAAAUUCGUGGACGUUAUAAACAGCUUACAAUACGCUAUCCAAGGAGUAACGCUGGUGAACCCCGAGUCACACAAGCUCACGAGAGCGCAUAAUCUCCUCAGCACCGCGAUGAAACACUUGGAGAAAGAGUUCUACCGAGUCCUAAAAUCGAACCGACGAAACCUCGAUCCAGAAUCAGUCUCCAUUAGAUCCAUCCCAUCGUUCAACCCUAGGAAAAAAGUUUCUAUUUAUUCAAACGUUCCGAAAUCCGAAGAGGCGGAUAUCAUGACCGAUCUCCAAAUGAUCGCUGACUGUAUGAUAUCUUCUGGUUUCGAGAACGAGUGCGUUAGAACCUACAAGAAGAUAAGAAGGUCGAUCAUCGUUGACUCCUUGAGCAAGUUAGGGUUUGAGAAUCUUAGUUUUGGAAAGAUUCAGAAACUAGAUUGGGAGAGCAUGGAGAAAAACAUAAAAAAAUGGUUAGAAGCUACCAAGAUUGUGAUAAAUAAUCUCUUCGACGGAGAACGCAUCUUAUGCGACCAUGUUUUCUCCACGUCACCCUCCGUUGCCGAGUCUUGCUUCUCCGAGAUCACGCUCGAUAGUGCGUUGACUCUCUUCAUAUUCCCCGUGAGCGUCGCGAGGUGCCGCAAGACCGCCGAGAAGAUCUUCUUGACUCUCGACGUUUACCAAACAAUCUCUAACCUUCUUCCACGUAUAGAAGAGAUCUUCAGCUACGACUCGACUUCUGCCGUUAGGUUCCAAGCCGCCGACUCGUUGAGGAGCCUCGGCGAAACUAUUAACUACAUGGUGGCCGAGUUCGAAGCCUCCAUCGCCAAAGAGGCUUCGAAGUCAGUGAUACCUGGCGGCGGAGUUCAUCCGCUGACCAGGUACGUGAUGAACUUUGUUGUGUUCUUGGCUGACUACAACGAGUCUCUCGCCGGAGUUCUCACGGAGUCGGACCUACCUUUACCGGAAGAUUACUUCGGCGGCGACAAGAGCGACGUCGGAGAGACUGCUUCCACGGUGACGACCAGGCUCGGGUGGCUGAUCCUCGUCUUGCUUUGUAAGAUCGACACGAAGUCUCGUAUAUACGAGAAUGUGGCUCUAUCAUAUCUUUUCUUAGCGAACAAUCUUCAUUACGUGAUCUCCAAGGUGCGCAAGUCGAAUCUGAGAGUCGUCUUGGGAGACGAGUGGGUGGCGAAUCACCAAGCGAAGGUGUGUCAGUACCUGGAGAAGUACGAGAAGGUGGCUUGGGGAGAAGUGCUGACGUCGCUCUCCGAUGAUGAGACGGUGGUGCUUGAAGAUAACGUGGCGAAAGAGCGGUUGAAGCGGUUCAACGAGGCGUUUGAGGAAGCGUUUCGGAAGCAGAGCGGCUGGGUCGUGCCGGAUUCGAAAAUGAGAGAGGGUUUGAAAGAUUCCGUGGCGAAGAAGCUAACUUAUGUUGCUUCGUUGUUUUAUGAAAAGUACAACGUGGAGACUUGGGAGGAUAUUGUUAGAUACGUCCCUAAGGAUUUGGGUAAUUACCUUUCAGACCUUUAUUUAGGUACGGGAAAGACUUGUACUAAUGUUCCUUCAUUCAAACCUACCGAAUCGGGACGUUCACAGCUUUUCGAAUCGGGGCAUUGAAAAGUAUUGGAGGAAGUGGUGUUUGUGUAAAUAUUAUACAUUUAAGGUUAUAGUGAUGAAAGAUUGAUCGAUCGUCGUUGGACACGUGAAGCCCUGUGAUUGCUUAGCAAAGAAUGUUUUAUCGUUUCUACCUCGUUGUAAGUAUGUGAUUGACCGAUAUUUGUAUAGUGUGACUUUUGGAAACGUUUUAUAGCCCUCAAAAAACGUAAAA